AUUAUAAAGAAUGUCUAUUAUCAAAGGAUUUACAGAAGGCUAUAAGAUUACCAUUCAGCUGAAGCACUGGCAGUUGGUAAAAUGACUCGGUUGGUGAUCUGUGUUCUCCUGUGUGUGGCCUCCCUCGUCCAAGGAGGUCAUGAGAAAUAUGAAGGACAUCAGCUGUAUCGUGUGGCUGGUCUCAGUGAACAGAUCCAAGCUUUAGAAGCACACCUAGACAUUCUGUCAGCCACACCCGCUGCUAGAUCGCGUUCGGGCAAACUUGAAGCUGUUGUCAGACUGUCCCCUGAGGAGAAGCAGCAAUGGCUACACUAUUUCGACGAAAGGCACAUGACAUACACAAAAAUCGCUGACAAUCUGGCAGACAUUCUGCGUGAAGAAGAGGCUCAAAUCCAAAAAAAGAAGGCAUCAGCCAGACGAAGUGGAAAGUCUAUCACUUGGGAUACUUACUACAGACAUGAUGAAAUCAACGAUUACUUGGACGAACUGGCUGAGCAAAACUCCGAUCUUGUGACCGUCAUCAAUGCCGGCCUCAGCUACGAAGGUCGCCAGAUCAAAUACGUGAGGAUUUCCACGACACGCUUCGAGAACCUCAGGAAGCCAGUCAUUGUUAUCGACGCUAUGGUUCACGCCAGAGAAUGGGUCACCACUCCUGUUGCCAUCUACAUCAUCAACCAACUCGUUUUGGAAGCCAAAAACAGCGCCAUCGUUGACGGAAUCGACUGGAUCAUUAUUCCUUUGGCUAACCCUGAUGGCUAUGAGUACUCCAUUGACGAGGACCGCAUGUGGCGUAAAACUCGCUCCAAAUCUCACGAAGGUGCCGAUGAAUGCCCUGGAGUCGAUGGUAACCGCAACUUCGACCACUACUGGGGUACCCGCCCUGACAGCGCCAACCCUUGCAGCAUCAUCUACGAAGGUCCUGAGGCUUUCUCUGAGCCCGAGAUUAGGGUCAUCAGAAGCGCUGUAAUGUCGAACAUUGAGAGAGCUGCCCUCUAUAUUUCUCUGCACAGCUACGGAAACAUGUUCCUGUAUGCUUGGGGUAACAAUGGUACCUUACCAUCAAACGGUUUGGUGCUCCACUUGGCUGGCAUUAAUAUGGCCACAGCUAUUGACAAACUGGCUUUAGAGCACGCUGACAGGUACAUUGUUGGUAACGCUGCGAAUGUCCUGUACUACACCACCGGCACGUCCAGAGACUGGACCAGGGCUGUGGGAGUUCCUCUCACGUACACCCUCGAGUUGCCCGGCUAUGAGUACGGCUUCCUCGUACCCAGCGACUACGUCGAACAAAUUGUAACGGAAACCUGGGCCGGAAUCGAAGCAGGAGCUCGUUACGUCUUGCAAAAUUAUUCAUAAUUUUAUUUAACGUUGUUAAUCUAAAUAUAAAAAUAAUUGUAUAA